AUGUCCUCUCCUAUAAUGAGUGACCCGCCGCAUUCCUCUCCGUCCUUUGGCGAGCGUAGAGGUCACCAUUUGGCCCCAUUGCAGACCAAUUUCAGCCGACCCACGGCCAAUCCCUCCAAAACAGCUUCCUCGCGAUUGCAACGCCCCCGGCCGACCGAAUAUCCCAGUACGAAUGGCUCCGAGGGCCCAGUGCCGCUCCAAAGCCCCGUCAAGCGACAAACGUCCAAGUCGAGUUUGCGCAAUCUCUUUGCUCGUGAUAAAUCCCAGCGUGCCGCUGCGGCCCCCGAUGUUAAAUUGGCCGAGAUUGACGAAACAAUAUUGCCUGCCAAUCCAGACCUUACGAACACGACUACCCAACCGGUGACGGUGGCAGAUGCCCCUUUGUCGCCGGCAUUAACGAGUCCCCGGUCUGUCGUGUCCACCCCGACUUUGACCUCGCCAACCACCCCGCGACCCCGAGCGACAUUGAAGACUUCAAGGCCUAGACCGGCACGGACUGAUUCCAAGCCGGCGUCGCAGGAACAGUAUGGAUGGAAACCGCCCCCACUCUUCCAGGCAUACCCUCAGUCUUAUAAGCAUGAAUGCUUGCCUGCGCCAGCCAUGUCUGCGGACGCAAUUCUCCGUCUUCAUGCUACUACGGGGAAAUCAGGUGUGGAGGUAGUGCCAGAUGAAACGGCCGACUCGUCCCGGAAGAAGCGAGAACAGAAAGAGCGCAAGCAUCUUCGGACACUGUCGGGCACAAUCAACAAGGUCGAGUGGACUACGAAAAUCUACGUACUCGCUACGGCGGGCUUUAUCCUGCAAUAUGCUGGUGAAGGGAAGAACGAUCGCCUUCCGGAGAGUAUGCUGCAAUUGGGCCCUCAAUCGGUGGCAUUCGCUAGUGAUGCCAUUCCUGGAAAGCAUUGGGUGCUUCAGAUUUCACAGAAUGGCACGGCAGACAACGGCCCUGUCGCUCCCGAGCCCGCAAAAUCGGGACGCUUCUCUAGAUUCGGCUUCCACCGAUCCAAUACACGACGUAUGGCUGGCAGCUUUCUAUUGAUCUUUGAUAACCCAGACUCCAUGACCUCCUGGCUCACGGCCGUUCGGGCAGAGAUUGAAGUUCGGGGAGGCCCCAAGUUCACCGCGGAGAACCACUCGGAUGACGAUCAGGAACCUCAGCUUCGCAGCAAGUCCAGUGCUCGCAAUAUUGUGAAGAAGGAUCCUAAUCGCAUCUCGAGUCUGUUCCUGCAGCCGCAGGGCGUUCGUUCGCCCGAUGAGGAAGAUGGGUCAUCGGUUGGUGGAUUGACCUGGCAGUCUCGACGAAGCUCAUACGUUUCGGUGAACCACCAGUCCAUAAUUGACUCGCGCUCUGGCUCGGUAUCCACGGGCUGGACGGAAACCACGGGUCCCAGCAAUGGCUCCGAUGCUCAGUCGUCUUCAUUCACUUCAGUCAAUCCUCCCAACUCGCCACCUCUGGACAGUAGCCACCUUUCUGAUGACGCUCGAUCCAAGGAUGUCGAUUCGACCUACGCUCGCAGCCCGCCCACAUCUAGUCAUGGCAAUGCCAAACGGCAAUCUCUUUAUAUUUUCCCCAAACCGCAGGACUUUCCUGCCGUUUCUCGCCCCGACACAAUUCUACACAAUCAAUCUCCACCCAAUAUACCCGACUCAUUAGUCCGAAGUGCUUCCCCGCCAGCACCCAACUUUAGCGUUCCAUCAUUCAGCAAGAAAUUUGUAUCCAGGCCUGGACCACCUCCUUUGGCUUCUCCGCCCGCCCCUCUAGCUGGUGUUCUCCGCCGGGGCGAGAGCAUUGGAGACUUUAGCAUCUCCAGCAUCUCCUCCCCUCCAGUGUCUCCCACGUACAGCAUUGCAAGCUCGAAGUAUACCGACUCUCCAGAAUCGAUAUUGAUCACACGAGAACCCAAUGGCCGACGCAUCCUCCGGCCUUCCAAUUCGGAGGACGUCUUAUCAAGAACCAUGCGCUCAGCCCAGAAUGCCGCUAAUCACUCUCGUUUACCGCGUGCUCUAUCUUCCGAAACCAGUUCUCCACCAUCUCGCCCUCUCAGCCUGAGUGGUCGCAAUGGAUUGGGUAUUCAGAUGAAUGGCGAGCAACCAGCCCAGAGUUUUCCUCCGGGCGAACCACUUCCAGUUCCGCGCCACCGAGUGUCCAACAUGAACCUCGACCAAACCCCCCAAAAUAUGACCCGGCGCAAGAGCAUGCCAGGACUGGCCAUUGGACCUCCCGCGGCCCCUCCACCAAACUGUCCACUCCCUAAAAUCCCCUCGCCCAUUGCCGCUCAGCCAGCACCAGCCUGGUCUACCACUCCUCCAAUUUGGUCAACGAGUCCUCCAGCGGAUCGUUUCUACCAAUCCCAACAGAUCCGUGGCCACAUACAAGACCACCGACAAAGCGGUCUCCCAUCCAAUUUUCCUGCCCCUCCUAAUGGCAAGUUAUCCAAACCAGCUGCUCGGCAGUCCAGGAUGAUCCAAUGA